GUAAACGAAAAAAAUACUUUUCCGACCGAGCUUGCCCCGCUGACAACACUGUAAACAACAAACAGCUGACAGGGGGGAGAUGAUUUAGAUCCAUGUCAAGAUUUUUAAUUUAGCGUUGGGGCUCUUGUGUUUGUUCUUGAGAGAGAAUGACAUCACUAAAACGAAAGUCAGAUCUACCUCCGAGUGGCCAAAAUAAACGGCUGGUAAACGAGGCCGGCACAGAUGGAGACAAUAAUAUCAAUAACAAUGCUGAGCAGAGCCAGAGUACGACUGCUGAAAAACCUAGUGGGUUUCUCGCCAAACUCAUGGCUUUUAUUCUUCCAGCUUGUAUAGAGAAAGCAAGGCUAGAAAUAUUCAAGACCCAAAUAGUAAAGAAUGGUGGUAAGAUUGUAACAGAAUUUGAUUCGAAUUCAAACUCAAUAUCUCAUGUGAUUGUUGAUGAUAAAAUGGACAUGGAACGAGUGAUGAGAAUAAUGAAGUUGGACACACCCCCACAUGUUCCAGUUGUAAAGUCAAUGUGGUUAAGUUCAUGUUUGAAGAGUAAAUGUUUCCUUUCAUUUCAAGAAUAUGAGCUGGCAGCAAAGAAAGUUUCCCCCGAAGUCUUGGGUGAAGAGCAGAGAAAUACGUCACCAGUAAGCUUUAAUCGGGACGCAAAAUCAAAUGUUUGUUUAGGAGCUUUAGAAAAUGGGCCUCAGACCUCUGACACUGCUGGAAAGCAACACUUUGGCAGAGCAGGAUUUGUAGCUGGGCCAUCUCAUCAGGCUUCAACUACUACUGGGGAUAGUGACAGUGAUUACAUAGCAAGCGAUGAUGAUAAUGAUGAAGAACAAAGCCAAGCCGCCCAAACAUCAUCCAACUUUCCUCUAAGCUCACAAAAACCAAUGGUCCCAGUUGACAAAUGGAUUUGUGCUCAAUCCUCCAAGAGCCCAAAGCCAAAUCUCAAUAAACACAUAACAGAUAAACUAGAAGAAAUGGUCAAGGCAUACGAGAGUACCAAUGACCGAUGGAGAGCCUUUGGCUACCAGAAAGCUGUCCAGGCACUUCGAAGACAUCCAAAAGUGAUUUCGUCAUGGGAGGAGGCAAUGGCCCUGCCAGCUAUUGGAAAACGGCUGGCGGACAAAAUCUGGGAGAUUGCGGAGAGCGGGGAACUGAGGAAGUUGCAAGAGUUGAAGUCAAGUGAAGAGGUUCGAGUCCUUGAGACAUUCACCAAUGUGUGGGGAGCAGGGCCGACCACAGCACAACAAUGGUUUCAGCAAGGAUUCCGUACCAUUGAGGAUCUCAAGGAAAAGGCACAUCUGACACAUCAGCAGAAAGUGGGUGUCCGGUUGUACCAGGAUUUGCUGGACCGCAUGCCUAGAGAAGAAGCAGCGGAAAUUGAGAAAGUGGUGAGAGAGGCAGCGGAGAGCAUCCAGGAGGGCGUGGUAGCCCAAGCGUGCGGCUCUUACCGUAGAGGCAAGGCCACGUGUGGUGACGUGGAUGUCCUCGUCACCCACCCAGAUGGCCGGUCUCACAAAGGACUCUUCUCCAAGCUGCUGGCAAAGCUGAAGGACUCGGGUUUUCUGACGGAUGACCUGGUCUCAGCUGAGGAUGCAGGCAACCAAAAGAAAUAUUUAGGAGUGUGUAAGCUCCCUGGAGAGAAUACAAAGCAUCGACGCCUGGACAUAAUCGUAGUGCCAUACAGCGAGUACGGCUGUGCCCUGGUUUACUUCACCGGCUCCGCCCACUUCAACAGGUCCUUGCGACACCUGUGUAAGAAGUCAAGCAUGUCGCUCAACGAACACGCUUUGAAGUCCGGAGUUGUCCGUAAGGGAGCAGAAAAAAUCUACGAGGGUACAGUGAUACCGACGCCCACAGAGAAGUCUGUGUUUGAAGCUUUGAAUGUGCCAUAUAGACCCCCUGAGGAGAGAGAUCACUGAGGACUCCUGUGUGCUGGGAGAAUAAUUGGGCUGUCCUCUACUCACAGAACUAUGUGACUGACAGAGAGAUCACUGAGACUUAAAGUCAUUGUGUGCUGAGAAAAUGACUGGGCUGUCCUCUUCACACAGAAAUACGUAACUGACAGAGAGAUCACUGAAACUUAAAGUCCUUGUGUGCUGAGAGAAUGACUGGGCUGUCCUUUACAUACAGAACUAUGUAACUGACAGAGAGAUCUCUGAGACUGAGGACUUCUUUGUGCUAGGAGCAUGGUUGGACUGCCCUGUAAACCCAGAUUUACGUAACUGACAGAGAGAUGACUAUGGGUUGCUGUGUACUGAAAGAAGGGCGACAGUCCUGUACUCACAAAACUACACAACUGACCAUUUUCCUAUUUUGACUUGUUUUUAGAUAAAUAGCUUCCAACUUUCAACUCCCAGGCUGUCAAAGCUAUUGACAUUUGAGAGAAAAAUUGUUGUAUGAAUGUUUCACUUUAAGGACAUGGUGGAUCAUAUUGACACUACCUACAAGUUAACCCUAUCCGUACGUCGUUUUUCACUAUUGUAUCCAUAGGACGGGGGGAACUCUGUGCAACCACUUU